ACCUGCUUCCCCAUCCUCGCCAGCGCCAGACCUGGGAGGCUGAAGCCCGUGCGCACCGUGGCUGCAGAGUUCAGUGCAUCCGAAGCAAACAAGAGUCCAGUCCGGCUCCGAGCCCAGCCCCACACUCUCCCGGUCGCCAUGCAGGGCUCCCUCGUGCUCAGCCUCUUGACCGUGCUCCUAGCUGCAGCGAAUGGCCAAUAUUCAUGUUCAGAUUGCACAGUCUCCGAGUCCCAAGCAAAUUGUCCUGUACAGAACUGCACGGUGGGGACCUGCAGCCUCACUCUGGAAACGGUCUUCUCAGGAAAAACCGUGACAGUCAACGCUUGCAUGGAGAACAACACUACCUGUCAUGCAAAGUUCAUCAGCCUGUCCGUCGGGCCCGACAAACAAGUGAGGACCAGCUCCAUGUGUUUUCAAAGCAACUUCAACCAGAAUAUAACCGUGGCCGUGCCGCCGAAGAGCUCACCCAAGAACGGGCUGCAGUGCGCAGCCUGCGAUCCGCUGGACGCUGCCCAAUGCAAGAAGAAUGUGAACAUCCCCUGCAUGGGCUCUCAAGAUCGUUGCAUCGACUUUGCUGGGACGCUUGUUAACAGCACCACCACAUUGGUCUUGAAAGGCUGUGCUACCCAGAGCGCCUGUAACCUGAAAGUCAAUGGCAGUUUCUACUAUUCCCAGAAGACAUAUACGCUGACCAAAGCCAGCUGCCUUCCGGCUACCAGCAAGGGCUCCAACGUUGCUGUUCACACCCUGGCGUUGUUCCCAACGUUGGCCGGGCUGCUCCUGGUGAAACAGCUGUCCUGAUUUGCCCUCUGUCUGCAAGAUCCUGGAGAAACCACCCCCAACUCACCCCUUGGGAUUUAGGGGUGCCUUUGGAGAGAUGAGUUCAUCACAGGUUGUUGGGCUCUAUAUGGGUGUGCAGGGGGGAACUAGGUGUAAUUCUCCUAUGUCAGUUAUGCAGGACAUCAGCCAUAGAUGGCCUUAAAAUGGGUGAAUCAGUGAAUCCAGU